AUGACUAUUUCAUAUAAUCUUGAUGUCGCAUCUGCAUCACCGCUGAAUUUUUUUCGUUUAAUAUUUCGUUGGAAGGCAAGUAUUUGGAAAAUAUGUUUAAAAGAACUGUUAGUGUGGACUAUUGCAUUUCUGUUGAUCACUUUUGUUUAUCGAACACCUUAUUUUCUCAAUGAUUAUCAAAAAACUGUUUUUGAACAGUUAGCAGUUUAUUUUGAUUCUCAUCUUAAAUAUAUUCCACUGACGUUUAUGCUUGGAUUUUUUGUUCAAAUUAUCGUUAAAAGGUGGUCCAUAUUAUUCCAAAAUAUGGGAUAUGUCGAAAGUUCAGCUUUAUAUAUUGGGGGUUAUGUCUAUGGAGCAGAUGAUGAAUGUCGGCUUCUGCGAAGGACAAUGGCACGAUAUCUUUGUUUAACACAAUUACUUGUAUAUAGAGACAUAAGCGUCCGUGUAAGAAAACGAUUUCCUACCUAUGACAGUAUUAUUCAAGCUGGAUUUAUGCUUGAACACGAAAAAGAAAAAAUUGAAUCAGUGAAACUAAAUUUCAACAAAUACUGGGUUCCAGUUAAUUGGAUAUAUGCAUUAAUUUUUAGGGCUCGCGCUGAUGGAAAAAUUAUCAGUGAUUCUUUCACCAACAAACUUUGUGAUGUAAGCUUUUAUUAUUAG